AUGUUUGAUGGACACCUUGAUGAUAUAAAUGAAAAAAUGUUCACUGGGGAUGAAGAGUCGUAUGAUUUAGAUAAAAUAGAGUCAGCUACUCCCAGUGUAAAUCCAGUUAGAAACCAACCGCCUAAUAUAGAAAGAGAUGAAAAAGGUAGAAAUGAAUCUGAAUUAGUAAAAAUAUUAGCUGAUGCUCUUCAGCGAGCAGUAGAGUCUAUACCUACUACUACGACUGUAUCUAUUCUUAGACAGACCCCAAUUAAGGAACUAAAAAAAUACGGUGCCACAGAAUUCUCGGGUCUGAAAGGAGUUGAUCCGUCCAUAGCUAAAAAUUGGAUGGAGUUGACUAAGAGAGGUAACAUGUCAGUAAUAGACUAUGAGAGAGAAUUCUCGAGACUCAGCAGAUACGUCUCAGAGUUUAUUCCAACUGAAGCUGACAGUUGUAAGAGAUUUUUAUGGGGUCUGCGAGAUGAGAUCAAAUUACAGUUGGUAUCUCAACGUAUCACUGAAUUUAUUGAUUUGAUUGAACAUGUCAAAAUGGUAGAGCAAGUCUUAGGAUUUGACAAAAAGUCUGUAACUUCUAAAUUGGUUGGGAAACGUAUGGGAACUGCAAGUUCGAACCCUUUACCAAAAAGAUCCAGGGAUUCUCGAAGUGGAUGGAGAUCCAUUUUGAGAUCAGAUAAAAGAGAAAAGAGUCAGGGGAAACAAACUACAAUAUCCAUCGAUAGUGUAAGAGGUCCGUCCCGAGAUGUUAAUAUUCCAGAUUGUAAACAUUACGGGAAAAAGCACAGAGAUUGCCCGAAGAAUGAUAGUGCUACACCUGUGACAUCACAGAGAUCGGCCUUUACCGCUAGAGGCAGAGGAUCGAGAAGAGGUAGAUUAGUAUCUAGAGGAGGAGGUACGAGAAGAGGAAAUGACAUAGUGACCCAGCAGUCUGAAGCUAGGGUACCGGCUAGAGCAUAUGUGGUUAGAACUCACGAAGAAGGUGAUGCUCAUGAUGUGGUAACAAGUAUAUUUCUAUUAUAUUCUGAGCCUGUUCAUGCUUUAAUUGAUCCUAGAUCUUCGCAUUCUUAUAUUAAUUCAAAAUUAGUUGAGUCGGGAAAAUUAAAAUCUGAAAUAUCUAGAGUGUCUAUUGAGGUGUCGAAUCCAUUGGGGCAAACAGUGUUAGUGAACCAAGUCUGUCCAAAAUGCUCGUUGAUUAUACAGAAUAAAACUGGAGAUUUUGAUAUAAUAUUGGGAAUAGACUGGUUAUCUGAACAUGGAGUGAUUUUGGACUGCUAUAAAAAAAAGAUUCUUCAGACAGCGAGUGAAGGUCGGGUUAAAGUAAAUGGUAUUCGUACUAGUGGGCCAGCACAAAUUAUUUCAGUAAUAAAGGCUAGUAAGUUACUUCAGCAGGGUUGUUCAGCAUAUUUGGCAUAUGUUAUUAAUUCAGAUUCAGUUGGAAGCCAGUGUGAAUUAUCGGGUUUACCACUAGAUAGGGAGGUCAAGUUCACUAUUGAGGUUUAUCCGGGCAUAGCUCCAAUUUCUAUAUCUUCAUAUCGGAUGUCACCUACAGAGUUAAAAGAGCUAAAGAUACAGUUGCAAGAUUUACUAGACCGUGGUUUUAUUCGACCGAGCAUAUCACCGUGGGGAGCUCCGUGUCAAGAAAGUUUUGAAAAGUUGAAGCAAAUGUUGAUAGAGGCACUAAUUUUGACGUUACCAGAAUCAGGAAAGGAUUUUAUUGUAUAUAAUGAUGCUUCAUUAAGUGGUUUGGGCUGUGUACUGAUGCAAGAGGGGAAAGUAAUAGCUUAUGCAUCUCGUCAGUUGAAACCAUAUGAGUAUUAUCAUCCAGAAAAAGCUAACGUAGUGGCUAACGCUUUGAGUAGAAAAGCUGUAAUUGAUUUGACAGCAAUGUUUACACAGCUCAGUACCUAUGAUAAUGAGAGUUUGAUAGCUGAAUUGAAAGUUAAACCAGUGAUGUUCGACCAGAUUCAAUCAGCUCAAUUGAAAGAUGAUAAAUGA